UGUUUUAUUUAUAUAUAUAUGUAGUUCGGUACAGUAGUUUUAUUGAUAUAAAUUAAAGUUUGAUGUGGUUUGAUGUUUCUUGGUGUUUUGGGGUUUUUAUUGUGAACAUCUUGGACACCGGAAGUGUGUCCGUGUCUCUGGAACUUGUCCUGGAUGAUCUGAUCCGGAUUCAGCCAUAUUCACAUCGAGCAGCCACACCGGCAGACUCCUCAAACCCAACAAAACCGUCUGAAUCCGUCUGCCGCUCACGCUCUCGGACCGAACGGAUCUUAUUAUCAGACCCGAGUCCGCCCCGGUUCUCCCGGACAUGUUACCAAGCUGAGGGGCCGGCGUGAGGACAUGGAUCCGCAGCGGACAGCCUGAGAGAGGCGACGGUCUGCCCGACAUCCCAAACCUGAGAGCAGAGUCCAGAUUGACCGGAAUCACGGACCGGUCCGAGCCCGUAGACUGAACGGCUCCUGAAGCGGGGGACUUAAGGAAACCGACAGAGACUCACCGACAUACCGACGCCCGGACCGCUCAAAAUGUCGGGAAUGUUCUCCCGAAGCUAACGAGCUAGGCGCAGCUAGCAGGCUGCGCUCGGCUGGGCUCGGCAGGACUCGGAAGGAGUCGGAGCCAGGUCGGCGGGGCGCUCACGGACUGCUCGGCGGGGCGCUUGUCGGACUGUACCCGGAGCGGAGAGGCUGGUCACGGGCAGGAUGUCGGGUCAGGACCGGCUGAAGCGGCUGGAGGAGCUGCUGCUGAAGCAGAAGGAGGCGGGCUGCCUGAGCAUGGAGGCAUUGCUUGACCUGCUGCUCUGCUUCUGCGCAGAGCUGUCCCAGACCCCGCUCCGCAGGGACAAGCACGUCCAUGACUUCCUGGAGUGGGGUAAGAACCUGAACCAGGUCCACACUUAGUAACAAAAACCUAGAUAAUGUACUAUAGAGGAGCACUGGUCUCUCCUGGGAUCAAUAUGAGGCCCAGGUGAUCCCAAGAGAAAACACAGGUGGCCUUCAGGGAGUUUAAAGGAUCCUGGAAUGGUACCUGGAAUACCAGGAGAGGUUCAAGGAUCCUGGAAAGGUCUACAGAGUCCCAUAUAAUCCUUGAAAUAGGUUGAGUGAGAGUGUAAGAUUUCUUUUAGAGCUCCAGGGAGGCUCGGUUUGGAGUGAUCAGGGAAACCUUGGAAACUUUGAGUAUUUCAAGGAGGUACCAAGGUGAUCAAGGAUAAGUUUUAGAAAAGGUGAUGGGUCAUUAUUCAAGGAGGUUCUUAUCUUUUGGUUUUCCAGACUAUUUAGAGUGGGUGGGGGGUCAAGAGGGGGGGGGUCAUUGAAUCUGGGUUUAAGGACUGUCUUGUGUGGAAAAAAAAAGAUAAUAAAAGCGUCAUUAAUGGUUCUCAGUACUGAACCGACAGUGGAGGCGGGGCCCAUUAUCUUGAUUGACAUCUGUAAGAAGACCAAUCAGAGCAGAGUUACAUGUUUGGACUGACGUGAUUAACAUGUGUCAAUAUCAGCUCUGUGGUGAAGCUUGGUCGACAUUAUGACAUCUAUUUCACAUUUGUGGUUAUUUCCAAUAUUUAUAUAAAGCAGCAUCAGAUUCUGGAUUACAGAGUCUAGACAAAGAAAGUCAGGGUCACAGAGACUGGAAUAGGACUGGAUUUCAGAGUGUGGACCACAGAGUUUGAAUAAAGGCCUUAAAUCUGGACCACAAAGUCAAAAUUACAAAGUGUAAACCACAUAUCCUGGAUCACAAAUCCUGCAGUGUCUGAAUUAACGAGUUCAGAUUUGUUUCUGUUGGAUCAUAGACUGCAUCAAAAAGUCUGGGUCACAAAGUCUAGAUCAUUGGGUCUAGACCAAAAAGUCUGGAAUUCAGAGUUGGAUCAAAAGUCUUGAAUACAGAGUCUGAACCACAGAGUCUGGAUCACAGUCUUGAUGAAAAACUCAGGGUCACAUUGUCUAGAUAUUGGAGACCAGGUCUUAGAUUCUGGACGCAGAGUUUAUCUAGAUUUCUAAAUCUGGACCAAUAUGUCUGGAUCAUCAAAGUCUAAAUCAAAGAGUUGGGUUCAAGGUUCUUGAUCUCAGACUUUGAUUCACAGAAUGUAGAUCACGGAGUUUUGAUGAAAAAGUCAGAGUUACACAGUCAUUACCUCAGAGACUCCAUCAUAGAUUGUGGAAACAAUCUAUGAUGGAGUCUAGAUCAGUCAGUACGUUUACAUGACACUUGAGAAAACCGAACUAUUGCCUUACUCCGAUUAGGACCAGAAAACUUAAGUGCAUGUAAACACCUUAGUCCGAAUCUGAGAACUCCGAUUAAGACACCCAGAAAAUGCGAUUGGAUUUCGAUUUUCUCUGCAAAGUAACCAGCGUAGUCGGAGUAUGAUUGGACAAUACAUGUGUGCGUGUGCCACGCCCCUGUAACCCCGGAACAAAAACACCAGCAAAGAGGAGUAGCGUGCACCUCAGAUGCAGAAAAAGUAGUGCGUACAUCAUGUACAACAAAAACAAUGCCUUACGAUGCUCCAUCUUCUUACUUUAAAAAGCCCAGCAGCAGUUGUAGACACUUAAGACGUCUGGAACGGACCUGCUGUUGUUGUUGGGUCAACCGGACACAGCGCCGCGGAAAGACCCAUAUCGCCCCCUAGUUUUAGAGAGAAGGACACGUUCACGUCAAUAAUUAGAUUUUCUCAGAGAAGUCAAAUUCAAUGAAAAAAACCAAUUAUGACCUUAGCCUAUUAAGCUGUGCAUGUAAACGCACUGACUGAGUCUGGACCAGGGAGACCAGAGCUAAAAGUCUGGAUCAAAAGUCUGGAGUUUAAGGACUUAACCCCAGAGUCUGGAUCAAUGAAUUUGGACCUCAGAGUUUUGAUUCAAUGUUCUGGAUUUUAGAUUAAAGAUUAUAGCCUUGAAUUCAGCAUCCAGUUGUCAAAGUCUGGAUUACUGUGCCUAGACUAGAGUUUGGAACUUAAGAGUUUGGAUGCUCUGGAUCACAUAGCCUGGGUCUCAGGGUCUGGAACACAGAGUCGUAUUAUUGUUCUUAUCAAGUGGAUUAUAUAGUAUAGUUUUUAUUUACCAAAUCAUAGAAUCUGCAUCUCAAAAGUCUGAACUACAGAGUCUAGAACAUAGAGUCUUGAUCUAGUUGAUGUCAGGGUCUUUAGGUGGGGGCUCAUUUGUAAAUGUUUAAACGGGGGAAGUUUUCAGUUACUUGAAGGUCCUCACCUGGAUGAUGGAGCUGAGCUGGUCUCCAGAGAGCAGCGUGGUCUGCAUUUAGUCAUUAUGGUCAGCCUGUUGGCUUCAGCCUGCUGUAGACUUGUGUAGAGUCAGAGUUGGUCUGACAGACGUGCAUUUCCCAAUCGUUUCACUUAGGUGGGGUCACAGAGCUUCCUGAGGGGCUCAGACACACAGGUUUUGAUGGAUCAUUUUAGGCUGUUAUGAAGGUGUGAGGCGGCUGCAUAAUAAUGAAGAAAACUGUGUGACAUCACACUGUAAAUGAUCCCUCUGCAGGCUGAACAUGUACCCUGAGAAAGGCAUAUCGCAGUUGUCUUUUCCAGUUUGGACAGAGCUCUCAGGAAGGACACCCUCGCCUUUGGGGCACAAACAAAAAGCUCUUCUACUGUCUUAUUUUGGCGGGUUAUGCUGCGCCUUAUCUGCUACGCUGGAUUGAUUUUGGUUCAGCUCCACCAUCACACCAGUAUAAUGAUGAAAUUGCCUUUUAACAUGACAGAACUGUCACAUGCUGUCCUUGGAACACGGAGUUCUUCAUAAAAACCCUGUCAGACACUGAUGAGGGCCGCUUCCUCCUAGCUUAAUAUGCAGGAAAUGUGCAGUAUCUGUGUGGUUGAUCCAGGACAGACUGAAGCUCCGGAUUAUGAUCAUUUUGGCUCACUUUGUCCUGGUUCAGUGUUGCCUUUUUAUUCCUGGCUGUCCUGGUUUGGUCUGCUCUGGUCCAUACUGGUCUAGUUUGGUCUCAUGGUGGUGGUUUCGAGGUCUGGCAGUCGUCAUGUGAUGAGAGAUGCAUGGAUGGUGAGAACGAGGGCUGGUUUUUAGCCUGAUGCUCAAUGUCUGUUUUUAAUGAGCUGAGAGAUCUCCUCUCUAAGUAUCUCUGCAUGUCUAACAAACUGUACGUCUCUGGUCUUUCUCAGACAUGAUGUAAUGACCCCCCCACUGCCUGCUUUUUCUUCCCCCAUGAAAACAAAUCAGAGUUUCUGCAACACAGGACUUUUUCUGACCUAUAAACCCUCUCCUCAGGGUCAACAGUCAGGUCUACCAACCUCGCGGUGUUAAAGUGGUGUGACAAAGAUAAAGAUAAGGUGUGAUAAGCUGCAGGUGAACAUUAGUGCACAGCAGGUUAUUAGCUGAUGUCUGUUACAGAUACUUCAACAAAAAAGGAGUAAAUAAUAAUAAUAAUGCAUCAGAUUUUAUAACUCUUUAUCAAAGACCCUCAAUUUAAAUUGGAUAAAUCAUUCAUUCGCUCACACAGUCACACCCUGGUGGUGGUAAACUGGCUUAGUAGUCACAACUGACGGAAACAUGGCUGCCACACAACACUCUCAUUCAUACACCAGUGGAGGACACACACUGGGACCAGGGUGGGUUAAGUGUUUUGCCCAAAGACACAACGGACGAACCAGGGAUAGAGGGGAAUCGAACCAUCAACCUUCCAGUUAUUGGACGACAGCUCUACCUCCUGAGCUAAAUGUGACAUCGCAACUGUUUAGAGACAGAUGAGAGGAGAGUAGGGAGAGCAGCAAGAGGAGGGUGUGCGUGUCUUUGGGUGUGCAUCAGAACAAGGACAUAGAGGCUGUAGCAGUUAUGAGCAUCAUUUGGUAAACUAAAAAAAGAUUAAGUAACACUUUAACCCUGCCCCCUUCGUCUUCUUCACAUUGUCACCUCAGACUCACUUGUUGUGACAUUUCCUCAUCUGUAGAAAAACCUUAAAGUCCCACCUUUUUUUUUUUAACUACUUUAAGUGUUCUCAGUAGUCUUUAAAUUGUGAUUAUGAAAGUUUUUAGCCAAAAUCGCAUUACCUGUGUCAUUUUCAAGGGCUUUUCUUCUGCAGAGCUCCAGUAGCUCAUAAGCAAUUUGCCUCUGAGUCGUGGGCAGAGACAGCACUGCUCGGCACCCUCCUCUUCACGCAAGCUUGCAGCCUAACAUUGCUGGUGCAGCAGAACUGGCAGGUAAUUUAGGAGCUAUUCAGCUCUGAGACACUAAUGUCUUUGGGGGCAUGAUGAAAGCUAAUAUCAUAAUUAGCUUUCUUACGAGCAUUGCGAUACGCUACCGCACACGCUUGUUCCGUGAUCAUCCUCUCUACUUCUCCAGGUCUGGCCUGCAGAGUGGGGCGCCGGUUUCAGAGCUUGGAUUUGUGACAUAGAAAAUCUCACUGUAACUGAACCUGGCACUUGGGUCUGCCAGAGGUUUGCAAUGAUUUGAAUGCAGAAAUACUCUUUUGCACUUAAUUUUCUCAUGAUAUGUCCUCCUGCAUAAAAAAAUGCCACAUGAACACGUAGGCAACAAGUAAAACAUGGUUUUCAUCGGAGUGAGUCUUUAAUUUCAGCUCAGUCAGAUGUUAAAUCACAGCUGCUCACACACUGUCAGCAAACAGCCAAUCACAGCUCUGCACUCAGAGAGGGUGUCAAACUCCUCCGCCAGAGUGUAACAUCACAGACAGACAGAGAGCAUCACAGGUGUAGACCCUGUCUGUGGUUCAGGUGGUGAUCAUGAUUAAUGCAUGCUGGGAGAGAGACCUUGACAGGAGGAAAGGAGGGAGUGAGGAGGAAGUGAGCCUUCAUCACUGACGAUGAUGAUGGUGAAGAAGAUCAGCGCAGCUUCUUCUCUUCUCAUUGAUCUGUGUGUGUGUGUGUGUGUGUGUGUGUGUGUGUGUGUGUGUGUGUGUGUGUGUGUGUGUGUGUGUGUGUGUGUGUGUGUGUGUGUGUGUGUGUGUGACCCAGAUAAAAAUGAUGAAUAAAAUAUGAGGAGCAGUCUGCAGGGUCGUAGUGCCCCACUCUCCCGCUUUGAUAAAUAAUUUUAAUAUUGUCAUGUAGUGUAGAAGUAUGUCAGUGUAGACGCUCUCUGUUAGACAUUCACAGUGUGUGAUAGUUAUCUCCAAUUAAGGCCGAGUAUCAGAAUAGGUCGAGUUGAUGGAGAAACAGUUCAUCAAUGGAUAAAGAAUAAUCAUCUGAUUGCAGGAGUUUGUCCCGGCAAUCAUAAGAAUAUGAUAAUCAAGACUGUGAAAGAUAUUGUGCCGCCUGCUGCGAUGCCCCUCUAUACAUCCUAUGGGUUAAAUGAAGCGCUCUCUCCAUCUCUUAUUUAAUGGUAGAGCGUGGGCGCGGCCCCUCCCCUCAAACUUCAUUUCUUCAUAAGCAGCUCAGUUCAGUGAGGAACAAAGUUUGAGAACGUCAGGAUGUUGAAGCUUCUGCUAGGAUUAAUGGUUGACUGCAGGAGGAGGCAAGUAGAAAAAGGAGAACAGGAGGAGGAGAGAGGAGAGCAGAGAGAGGAGCAGGAGGAGGCAGGGGUGUGUCUUUCUGUGUGUCUGAAAAGCCAAGGGACAGAAUGAGCACACAGAGAGAGAAAGAGAUACAUAGAUAAACAUAGUUCUGAAUCACAAUCAAGUCAAAGCCCAGCUCCUGAUAGCGUUGAGCGGUGUGAUGGUAUAUACCGUGUGACGGUAUGAAAGUGUCCACCGGUAGAAAUUUUGCUAUACCGUUUAUACCAGAGAGAGAGAGCGGAUGUCUGCUGCAUCUCUCUGAGUCAGUGUUGUCUGUGCUCGCUAACAGGAAAGCCGGAGCGCAUCCGUUUGAGUGCGUAUCUGUAUAUUCACCAGCAUGUUGUGCAGAGUUUGUUCGCUUCGUUUGAUUGGUCAGGUUUGGGUGCACUCCCUAUAAUCCCCAUCGUGUCCAGCAGACUGCUUGGCAUAGUUACGAUGAAGAAGAAACAGCUUCACUACUGGUGGUCAUGGUGGACGCGGAGAUUAGUGGCAGUACCGAGCAAACGGAGGCAGUCCGACCCACCCAACACGGGGAAGAGGAGAAGGAAGUCGCCAAAAAAGGGCUCGAGUAGCGAUAUCGGUUGUCUGGAGAUUAUUCGGAUUUAAAAAAAUAUGACAAUGAUCAAAAAACAAAACAAUAUUAUGAGUGUCGUGUGGCUCUUGUUGCACGAGGUGAAAACACCAGCAACCUCUUCCACCACUGAAAGAUGAAACACGCCAAGCUCUGUUAUGAGAGCCAAAAGAAGCAUGGCGUACCUGCUGCACCAAAACCUAAAGUUGCAGCAGCUCCUCUCAUACAGAAGAGCUUGGCAGAAUCUUUCGCCAAAGGUACACCAUAUGAUAAAAAAUCGCCAGUAUGGUUAUUUUUAAGCCAUCAUUUGAAUUUACAAGGGGAAAAACAUACUGUGAUAUAUAUCGUUAACAUGAUAUGAAAUUACUCAUACCGUGAUAUAAGAUUUUAUUCAUACUGCCCAACAUUAUCUUAGAUUAUAAAAAAGUGAUUUGUUAGAUCUGCAACCUGUGAUCAAAUAUCAGUGUUGAAAGAGCAUGUCUGUGUCCCUGUCCGGCUGUAUUAUCACAUAAAUAUAUACCAUUAAAAUAUCAUGAGAAUAAUAAAACCAUGUCUGUGUUAUCAGUGAAACCAUUCACCAGGACGGUGAAGGACCUGCGGCUCCACAGGGAUGACUUCGAGAUGCUGAAGGUGAUUGGACGGGGAGCUUUUGGAGAGGUAAGAUGUGUUCCUCAUCCUCUUCAUCCUCCUCCUAUCUGUUAUGAUGCUGCAGUCACAUUUAGAGAUCUCUGAUUUAGAUAAAAGACCUGCUGCUCCUCUGACAUGUCCUUCCUCAUAUCAGACAUAUAAAACGUUUUUCUCAUUUAUUUUCUGUCCGUUUGUUUUUUACUGAUAAAUUUUGUCUGAUGUUCAAACUGUUGUUAUCACUGAAUGUCGGCCCUGUUGAUGGGAUAACUCAGGGUCUGAAGUAGUGAUGUUUAUCGAGUUACUGACUGUUGCUGCAGCGAUUUGAUCAGAUCGUCUCAGUGUAUCAGUGCGUCUGUCUGUCUGUCUGUGUGUAUAUCAGUGUGUGUCUGUGUCUGUGUGUACAUUGUCCACAUACCAGAGGAAAGGUGUGCCUCAGCCACACCUGCCUGUUGCCUGGGGAUAUAAACACACACACAUAUGGAUAAUUGUGUGUUUGUGAGGACAAUCAUCUCUCUGGUCCUCACAAGCACAUAGAUACACGUUAAACACACACAAACACACUCGGAGACAGCCAAUCAGAUCAGCUGUCCGUGUGUGUGUGAUUUCAGGUGUGUCUCUGCACCACAACAGUCACAACAGGUUACUGGAGCCUACUCAGGUUCACUUCAGUCAGCCAAUCAAAUCAGAGCUCUGCACACACCUGGAGAACUGUACCUGAGGCAGAGUUGAGGAACAGAGUCAAAACCCGCCCUCCUAUCUGUGUUGACGUCUUUCCCCUUGUCUUUGUCUGUCGGUGUUCAUGUUUGUACGUCAGUUUGUUUACAUGCAAAGGGAUAUUUCAGCGUAAAAUUAAGUUAGGGUGAAACACACAGUAACACUGAGUUAGACACCCCGUCGAGAGAUGAAAGUUGCUGACCGCUUGCUUCUCUAGUUAUACCAACUUUAGUAACGACCGCAGGAUAGCAAAACAGAGAGCCACGCGCUCAACCAAAAAGCCACUCUAUAGCCACAAAUAAUACUCAGAACAGCACCUAACUUCAUCAACAGUACAUAUAGGGUCCCAGCCAAAGUACUAGCCACCAAACAUAUUUUUAGCUUUGCCUGAUUACUUUAGCUAAGAGACUAAACACAACUCCCCUACUCUCUCCCAGCAGCUGCUUGUUUGUACAGAGACCUCCGGGCGGGUCCAUCGACUGCAGUGGAGUGACGCAGCUCAAGGAAGAACACCUGUGAUCACUUUUAUUAAUCAUUUUGCACUACAGACGCGGUAGUUCUUCUGCCUUAGCGUCUCGGUUUGAUUGCAUUUUCAUGAAGAAAUUAUCAUAAAUGUUCUUCCUUGAGCUGCGUAACCCCGCUAACCUCGCUACAAACAAGCAGCAGCUAGAAGUGAGUUGGUGAGUUGUGUUAAGAAAUUAGGCAAAGUUAAAAAGAUGUUGGGUAGCUAGUGCUAUGGCUAGGACCCUAUAUGUACUGUUGAUGAAGUUAGGUGCUGUUCUGAGCAUUAUUUGUGACUAUAGAGGGGCUUUUUGGUUGAGGGCGUGGCUCUCUGUAUUACUAUCCUGCGAUCGUUACUAAAGUUGGUAUAACUCGGAAAGCAAGCGGUCGGCAAUGUUAAUCUCUCAAGGGGGUGUUUAACUCAGUGUUACAGUGUGUUUGACCCUAACUUAAUUUUAUGCCGGAAUUUCCCUUUAAGUCAAGCAACAGUUAAAGCUCCAUUAGGCGAUUUAACUGGAUGACUGUCCUCGUACCAGUUUACAUACACUGAGCAAGAAUUAAUUAAUACUUGAGUAUCUCUGCCUCUUCUAAAAUAGGUAGCAAAAUACCCCCUUUCAACUCCUGACCACUGGGUCUUUCAUAAGUUGACCUAUGACAUACCAAAACAGUCCAUAAACACAUUAGCAAGAUGCUAAGAGGAUGUAUGCUACAGUCCAACGAACACUAUAAAUCAAUUAUUUUGGACAACAUGUAAACAUACUGGUAUUUCCACUGUAUGACCUACUACCCAUCAGCCUCUUGCGAACGUGUUUGUCGAUUGUUUUGGUAAAUGAAGUAACAGGUUAACCAGGAGACUGCCCAAUGGUAACAAGCUAAAGGGCUAAAGGCUAAUAAAUCAAGUGUUGAUAUACCUUUGGUCCUGUUCUCCCUCUCUCAGUGUUAAUGUCUCUCGCCCCUCUCUCGCCUUCAGGUCGCUGUCGUGAAGAUGAAGCAGACAGAGAGAGUUUAUGCGAUGAAGAUUCUCAACAAGUGGGAAAUGCUGAAGAGAGCUGAGGUGAGUCUGAAGCUUGGUCUAGAGCCAGGUUAAGUCCAUGUUGGGUCCACUUGUGGUACAGGUUUGUUCUGGGGAACAUAUCAGAGUGUUUAUGUGUUGUUUUUAACGUGAGCGUGUGUUGUGCACAGACGGCGUGCUUCAGAGAGGAAAGGGACGUCCUGGUGAAGGGAGACAGUCAGUGGAUCACAACUCUUCACUACGCUUUCCAGGACGACAAUUACCUGGUCAGUGGUUGUCGUCUUCCGGGCACCAGAUUUUAAAUGAACAUGUAUUUUUCAGUGUUUCUCAGUAGUUUCAAGAGUUAAUAUGUUGUCCUCAUGUUGUGUGUUCGUUACUGCAGUACCUGGUGAUGGAUUACUACGUGGGGGGCGACCUGCUGACUUUGCUCAGUAAGUUUGAGGAUCGUCUCCCGGAGGACAUGUCCAAGUUCUACGUGGCUGAGAUGGUGCUCGCCAUCCACUCCAUCCACCAGCAGAACUACGUCCACAGGUACUGGUUGAAGUGGUUAUAAUACACUGGUUAUACCUAGCAUACUGGUUUAACUGGUGAUACCCUCAAACUGGUUGAAGACAGGUCUUAUUUCUUGUAUUGGUUCGACCAACUUGGCAAAUUCCAAUGAAGGCAACACUGAAGUUCCAAAAUCCGCAGUUCCACAAAUGUCCUCUAGAGGCUGUCCCCAAAGUGAGUCAGCCCCCAUAGUGCCCAAUGUUAAAAUGUCCACUGUUAAAGCAGAAUAAAACUUGUUCACAGCCUGAUACGAUGAAACAUUUUAAGCCUUUAUAGUUCAGCCUUUUCUCUUUGGAGCCCCUCUUUCUUCUAUCUGUUCAGGUUGAAUUUCCAUCAAACUCACCUGUUUCCAUUAGAAUAGGUUAUAAGUCAGAAAAGAUUAGGGGUGUGGCCUCUUUGAUUGACAAGUGGGUGUGUUGUAGCUGUUUGCCAGGUGGUUCAGCGAAGGCCUCAGCUCCACCUCCUCACUGUAAUUCAGCCUGCGCGGCAUUUCCAACCGGGCGACCGCCAUCAUUGGGCUCCAUAACUCACUGGGUGCUGACACUGAGAUUAAAGACAGGUUUAUACAGGAGAAGGUCCUACUGGUUAUACUGGUCAGUCUGGUUACCAUGAUAAUGCAGGACUAUAACCCAGCUACGAACACAGAGUGCCACAGAGUCACAGGGCAUUUGUGUGAUGAAUGUGUGUGUGAGUCAGAGGAAAUGUUGUCUUCCUGGCACCGGUGUCCUCUGGGAAAUGUAGUUAUUUCCUGUCCAGCCAACUCAGCUUCCUGUGCUGAUACUGACCGUGGGCCACACUUCAUUCCACUCAGUCUGGCAAGCUCGUCCCAGUAAGACUCCCAGUAUAAGACUGGUAAUGUGAAUAUGAGGAGUGGUAACGACACAGACAAGGUCUCUUCCCCUCUUCAUGUGAUAACUGCGGUUAAAAAGACUGUCACUUCUUCUUCUCCUCCUCUUUGCUGUGUGAUGUUGGACAGGAUCAGAGCGGUAGAAGAAGAAACUGUGAGUCAUGUUAGCUCAUGUGGCUAACUCUCAGUAGCUCUGACCUGGUUUCUCCUCGUCUCCUCCAGGCUGACCUGUUUCCUGUUUUAGUCUGAGCGCUUUGUGGGGCGGCCAUGUUGUCCUCCUGUGGCUCAGCAGCAGUCCUCACCAGUCUACCUGGGCUGGUUGCCAUAGUUACAGAUCUGUUACAGGUGAUGUCGGUUUAAGUUUAAACAGAGUGUGCGUGUGUUUGUGUAUCACAGAGACAUCAAACCUGACAACGUGCUGCUGGACGUGAACGGACACAUUCGCCUGGCUGACUUUGGGUCCUGUCUGCGGAUGAUGGAUGACGGCACGGUAACUAGCUCUCUUACUGCGUUAAAGGGAUAUUCCAUUGUAAAAUUAAUUUAGGGUCAAACACACCGUAACACCAAGUUAGACACCCCGUCGACAGAUGAAUAUUGCCAACUGCUUGCUUCUCAAGAUAUACGAACUUUAGUAACAACCACAGGAUAGCAUCACAGAGAGUCACACGCUCAACCAAAACGCCACUCUAUAGUCACAAAUAAUGUUUAGAACAGCACCUUACUACUACAACAGUACAUGUAGGGUCCCAGCCACAUGCCUGAUUUCUUUAACAAAAAGACUUAACACAACUCUCCUACUCUCUUCCAGCAGCCGCUUGUUUGUAGCAAGACCUCGGGCCAGUCCAUUAUGGACUGCAGUGGGGUGACGCAGCUUAAGGGGGAACAUGUAUGAUCAUUUCUUCACCAAGAUGCUAAGGCAGAAGAACUACCGCGUCUGCAGUGCAAAACAAUUAAUAUGGUGAUUAUUACUUCAAGGCAAUGAUAAAGUAAUGAUCAUAAAUGUUCUUCCUUGAGCUGCGUAACCCCACUGCAGUCCGUAAUGGACUGGCCCAAGGUCUCGCUGGAAACAAGCGGCUGCUGGAAGAGAGUAGGUGAGUUGUAUUUAGUCUCUUUGCUGAAGAAAUUAGGCAAAGCUAAAAAGAUGUUUGGUGGCUAGUGCUAUGGCUAGGACACUAUAUAUACUGUUGAUGAAGUUAGGUGUUGUUCUGAGCAUUAUUUGUGGCUAUAGAGUGGCGUUUUGGUUGAGGUUUGUUUAUGGCUCCUCAGACCGCUGUGUAUUGCUAUGGUGCGGUCGUUACUAAAGUUGGUAUAACUAGAGAAGCAAGCGGUCAGCAACAUUCAUCUCUUGAUGGGGUGUUUAAUUUGGUGUUACGGUGUGUUUGACCUUAAAUUAAGUUUACACUGGAAGAUCCCUUUGAAGUUCAGAAUUAUUCUUUUGGGGUGAUUCGGGUUCAUGCCAAAAAAAACUACACUGACCAGUUUUCAGGUUUAGGCCUAGGCUCAAAUUUUGUUUUUUUUUGGUGGUCUGAGUCCUCCUAUCCUGAUCAUUAAUCAUGUGCUUUCUGUGUUGUCGUGGUGUCAUCUUUUGGCGAUGUCCUGUUGCAGGUUCAGUCCUCUGUGGCGGUGGGGACUCCGGACUACAUCUCACCAGAGAUCCUGCAAGCGAUGGAGGACGGUAUGGGUCGCUAUGGGCCAGAGUGUGACUGGUGGUCUCUCGGGGUCUGCAUGUACGAGAUGCUGUACGGAGAAACCCCAUUCUACGCAGAGUCCCUGGUGGAAACCUACGGAAAGAUCAUGAACCACGAGGUCAGAACUGAUUCUAGGGUUGAUCUGGUCCAAGCAGUUCUCUGUAUUAUACUGUGGACUGUUUAUAUCAGGGUGUUUUUCCUGUUUAUGAUCAGAAUCGACUCAGUUUACUGUUCAAAAAUAAAGCUGAUGAUAGACGACAUCACCUGGUUCUGUCUCCAGACUCUAACUGUCCUACUUCACAUCUAAAUCUGUCCCAGUCCCUCAGAGACUCCCAGCCUCUGUCUGUCUUUAUGUACCUGUCUCUCUCUUUUUCUCUCUCUCUCUCUCUCUCUCUCUCUUCUCCGAUGGAGUCUUUCAUUCCUGAGAGCUCACUGAACUCUUUCUUCUUCUGUGAUUGUCUCCAGGAGCGUUUCCAGUUCCCGUCCCAUGUGACCGACGUGUCCGAGGACGCCAAAGACCUGAUCCAGCUUCUGCUCUGCUCCAGGGAAAACCGACUCGGUGUGAACGGGAUCUCAGAUUUCAAGAGUCACCCGUUCUUCACGGGGAUUGACUGGGACAACAUCCGGUCCACUGAGGCGCCGUACAUCCCAGACGUGUCCUCGCCAACUGACACGUCCAAUUUUGACGUGGAUGACGACGUCCUCAAGAACCCGGUGAGGACAUGAGCGAGUUUUCAAAAGAGUGCCUCAGAACCAGGGUUUCCUGUUAGAGAUGAGACAGGUCCAAAUGGGCCUACAGGUCCUUCCUAUAACCCUCCAAGUUCCUACUCUAGUCUUACCAGUCUCUCCUCUAGUCUUUCAUGCCCUUCCACUGGUGUCUCAGGUCCUUCUCUAGUCCCCUGGGCCCAUCCUUAAGUCUUACAGUUUCCUCCUCUAGUCCUGUAGGUCCUUCCUCCUGUCUUUCAGAGUCUUCCUCAAGUGUUUAUUUCCUAGUCUUUCAGGCCCUUCAUCUAGACUCUCAGGUCCUUAGACUAGUUCCUCGUGUCCUUAGUCUCACAGGCACAUUAUCUAGUAUCUGAGUUCCUUAGUCUCUCAGGUCCUUUCUCCAAUUUCUCAGGUCAGUAAUCUUUUAGCUUCCUCCCAAGUCUCUUAGGCCCCCUUUCUAGUCUCUCAGAUCCCAUUUAAAGUCUUUCAGGUCCCUUUUUGUCUGCCACCUUACUUCUUUUGUCUUUCAGUUUCAGACAGGAUCUAGUCUCCCAGAUCCAUUCAUUAGUCUUUCAAAUCUGUCCUCUAGCCUAUCAGGUCCCCCUUCUAGUCUCUUAGUUAUCUCCUCUAGUCUCUCAGGUCUCAAAAAAGGAAAAGGAAGUCGGAUCUGACGAGUUCUAUCAUCUCAUGUCUCUCUUGCAGGACAUCAGUCCCCCAGUGUCUCACACCGGUUUUACUGGUCAGCACCUCCCCUUCGUCGGCUUCACCUACACCACUGACAGCUGCUUCUCCGACCGUGGCUGCAUCAGAGGGGCGGGGCUAAACCAGGAGGAGGUAGGGGGAGGAGGCGGGCAGGAGGUGGAGGUGUUUGAGAAGAGGAUUCGCCGGCUGGAGCAGGAGAAACAGGAACUGAACCGCAAACUGCAGGGUGAGACUCCUCAAAGAAUUGCAGUAUGAAGUAGUUGAUACAUGCACUGUGCUAGGUGUAGCACUCCUAACCUCUGACCUGUGACCUUUGACCUCUGCGUGUAGAGUCGACUCAGGCGCUGCAGGCUCCAGCUCGAGGGGGGACUCUUAGCCGAGACAAAGAGAUCAAGAAACUAAACGAGGAGAUUGAGCGUCUGAAGAAGAAGCUGGCAGGUCAGAAAAAGAAGUUUUGGCAUCUGUAGAUGUAGUAGCAGUAGAAGUUUACUGCAGAUGUACUGAGGCUUCAGUAUAGAUAUUUGUAGUAAAGACCUGAUUCCUGUAGGAAUGUCAGGACUAAACAGGUAAGGACUCACUUGUCUGGGUUCUUCCCUUCUAGACUCUGAUAGGCUGGAGCACCAGCUGGAGGAGGCGGUCACUCUCAGACAGGACUACGAGAGCUCCGCCUCCAAACUGAAGACCCUGGAGAAGCAGGUGAAGGCCCUGAGGCAGGAGAAGGACGAGGUCCACAAGGUAUGCCACACACCCCACACCUUCCACAGGUCCACCUGGGGCAGUUCCAACUGUUCUCAGGUGCUCACUCGUUUAUUUUAGUCAAGUUUAUGGAUUUACAGUAGCAGGAAUAAAACAGUUUAACAUCUAGAGGUGCAAAUUAAUUUACCUGGUCACUUCAAUCUGAGGUUCGUACAUAAAAAACUCCAUCCUGGUGUCUUUAGAUCAGGUCUAAGUAUUUCCAGUGUCUCUGGACCAGGUGUGAGCUCACCUGUGUGUUGAUCCUUGUCUCCUGAGCAGCAGCUGGCAGACUCUCUAGAGCGUCUGCGGUCUCAGACGAAGGAGCUGAAGGAGGCGCACUCUCAGAGGAAGCUGGCCCUGCAGGAGUUCUCGGAGCUCUCGGAGAGGAUGGCAGACCUGAGGUCGUCCAAACAGCGCCUGUCCCGUCAGCUGAGGGACAAAGAGGAGGAGAUGGACGCCCUGCUGCAGAAGAUGGACGCCAUGAGACAGGAGAUCCGCAAGACCGAGAAGACGCGGAAGGAGGUGAGAGAGACCUGCAGGAUGUCAGUCAUGUAGAAAUUUGAGGUUUAAUCUGGUUAAAAAAAGUCUACGGCUUUUUAAGGUCGUGAUCUUUCUUUGUCCAGAACAUUUCCUUACCAGCCUCUCAGUAAAAUCAGGAUGAGUCAGUUACCCGGGCUGUGAUGAUCUUAAAGCUCCAGUGAGGAACUUUUGCUUUGUGUCAAUUUUGCGCCCCCUUGUGGACAAAACAGCCCUUGCUUAUCUGUUUUUACAGUGCGCUUUCAGCUCAGUAUAAAUAAUUUCAUUUUUAUCCUCAGUUCAGUUCAGACGGCCUUGUAGUCAGGUUUAACAACACUUAAAAAUAGUGAUUCCCAAACUGGGUUAUCCUUAGGCCGACAGUGAAUCUGCACCAACUGCUGAAAACAAAUACACGAAAUCCUGAAAAGUCGAACCUCAUCCUCAGCUGCACCUCCACCAACAGAGCUCUGCCCGCUCUGUAAACUUUGGAGGUUGCAUGUCAGAGAGUCACUUUGAAUUUACUCCUUUGUUAAUAAAUGGUCUGUUGGUUUCUCAGCUUGAUAGCACACACUGAAAUCACAGGUCUGUUUUUUUUUUUUUUGCCUUAAUAUUCCUGAUUUUUCUAAAGACAUGAAUUUGUCAGCAAAGAGCUGAUCUGAUGGUGUGGUAUAAGAAGAGGAGAGAGGGAGGGGGCUGCAGAGAAAAUUUAGGAACUAUUGAUUUAACAUUUAAACAAUCCUCAGUGAUUCAGAGGAGGAAGAAGAGAGGACGACUGUUCUCUGUCAGACUGACAGCAGGUCUGAUAUAUUGUAACUCCCUCUCUUCACCUGCAGAGGGAGACAGAACCCUAAGAAGCUUUAUAUUCUUAGAGAGGAAAAGAAAAUUUGAGCAGACCUGCAGCCUGAACGUUCCCUGCUCUCCUUAAACGGCGUAUAAGUUCCUCAUGUUCUUAAAGACAGAGGAAUUAGAGCUGUUUGUGUUGAAUUUGUUUCUGUGUGUGUCAGUUGGAGGCUCAGCUGGACGAUGCAAAGGCCGAGGCGUCCAAGGAGAAGAAGCUGAGGGAGCACAGCGAGGGCUACUCCAAACAACUAGAGGUGGAGCUUGAGAGUCUGAAGGUCAGAGGUCACACACACAAACACACACACACACACACACACACACACACUCUGACUGUUUGUGUCAGGUCAUGUUUUCUCUUUUAAAGGUUUGUAAGAGGUUCUUAAUGGUUUCGGUUCUGGUCCCAGUCCCAGCAGGGUCGGGGAGCAGCAGCAGGGGGAGUGGAGUCUCAGCAGGAGCUGUCCCGUCUGAAGGCGGAGCUUGAUAAGAAGACCCUGUUCUACGAGGAAGAGCUUCUGAGGAGAGACACUGCCCACUCCUCCGAGAUCAAAAACCUGCGCAAAGACCUGCAUGAGUCCGAGGGGGCCCAGCUGGCCGCCAACAAGGAGCUGCUGCAGCUCCGAGACCGGUUGGACAAGGACAAGAGGGACAGGUAAGUCCUGAACCAGGUCUAUUUCCAGGGAAUAUGAGAUGUUGGUGACUGAUCCAGGAUGUUAUGACCCUUCAAACCAACAGGAUCCCAUCAGAGGGAGAGUCCCGUUAAAGUACAAAUGUUAGAUGUCAAUAUUAAACAUGUGCAAAGUGUCAGAGUUUAAAGUAAACAAAUGUUGGAGUAAUCUCAGCAGGAGACCACAAGUUACAGAAGAGCCGAGCCAAACAUCACUUGUUGGUGAAUUUCCUUAAAAAGACAAAAAAAAAAAAAACUGCUCUUUGGACUAAACUUCUCUGCUCCCAGUCGGCCCCUAGAAGCCAUUUUUAGAGCUGUGUCCUUCGCAACUUAAGGCUAAAUCUUACAGGAUGUGUAUUUGGAGUGUGACAGCAGCAUCAUGUAUCACACAGCAAAUAGGUUGCCAUUCUGAUCAAUGUAGCAAAGCAUACAGGACGUGUAUCAGCUCUGUCGCAGCAUCGUAUCGAGAGCAGCACUGCUAAAGAUAUGCAGCAAGUCUAUUUUUGCUGCUCUAUGCUUCCAAAUGCGCCUCAAACCACACUGAGAAGAUUGUUCCAGACAGGAAGUCAAGCACGAAAACUGUGCAUGUCAUCAGGGAUUUCAAAAUAAAACACCAUAUGCGAACUCCUGACUGUGUAUCAGUUUGUGAAGAUGAGAAAAACUUCCUGGUUAUGGAUUUAUCAGUAUUACUGAACAAUCCAAUGGUCAAUCCCUGAUCCAUGUGGACCCCAACAGGACUUUAAACUGCUAACUCUGUCUGAAGGUAACAGCACAGCAUAAAAGAACAUAGUUUACUUUAUUAAACAUGAGUGGACCUGCAAAAACAUGUUGAUUUUUCACAUAUAGUAGAGGCUCAACAGUUAGUGAAUUAUAUCCAAAUUAGCAGGAAAUCGACCACAGAAAGGCCAAACGACCUGUUGUGAGCAUGUUGUUUCCUCUGUACUGAGCCCAGCUGACCGGGAUUGCACUACGCUGCUGCCACGCUCCAAAUACGCAUCCUGUGUGUGAAAGACAGCCCUGCUCUACGGAGCAAAUAUGGCACACGCUCAAUACGGAUCCUGUAUGUUUUCAGCUUCAGACACACACUCCCCACCUCAGUUUAGGUCUUGUCCUCGGUCCUCCUGCGCUCCUGCAGUGAAGUCAAGUGGGCUGACAUGAAAACCAAAGUCCAGUAAAUAAAAAGUAACCCCAUCCUCAUCUUAACAACCCCAUCAGUGAGACCUGAUCCAGUCCUAUAAGUCCAGAUCUUGUCUGUGAGUCGUGAUCUGUUCUGGUGUGACGUUGCAGGCAGGUGGAGAUGGAUGAAUCUGUGGCUGAGCUGAAGCAGAAGUACGAGCGAGAGAGAAACCUGCUGACAGAAGAAAACCGCAAACUGACAGCUGAAACUGACAAGGUGAGACACAGACAGAAAAGAGACAUGUAGGACAGACACAGACACUUGUGUACCUGCUGCUUUUUGCACGUGCUCAGUAAUAACCAUCCCCUUGCCUCCUCAGCUGUGCUCCUUUGUGGACAGACUGACGGCCCAGAACCGUCAGCUGGAGGACGAUCUUCAGGACGUCUCCUCUAAGAAGGAGAGCGUCGCUCACUGGGAGGCACAGAUAGCUGAGAUCAUCCAGUGGUGAGUCGUCACUCGGACCAUGUGACUCUUUGACCCGGUGCCAAAGAGGAGUCCCCUGUGUGGGGUCUAACCUUUCCAUGUGUUCAUGUGCAGGGUGAGUGACGAGAAAGAUGCUCGUGGUUACCUUCAGGCUCUUGCCACCAAGAUGACGGAGGAGCUAGAGACACUGAGGAGCUCCAGUCUGGGAACAAGACCUCUGGUAACACACACACACACACACACACACACACACAUACCUGUCUACAGUACCUGUCCUUUUAUACAUGUGUAGUUCGAGUAGUUCAAGCCCUGGUGUGUAUGAGCGUGGGUGUGUUUAUCUGUGCGUGAGCAUGUGUGCUGAUGUGUCUCUCUGCCGUCUCAGCCUGAGUCGGGAUUGGCCACACCCCCUAAGAAGCCGUGGCCUCCUAUUGGUGGAGACAGGAGGGUGAGUGUGACACUCAUUGCUUCCAGCCAAACAGAAUUCACUCUCCUCAUAAAGGAAGCUUGCAUGGCUAUUGGCUGGCAUGUUUGUCACUCACAGUACACUGUAAGGUUUUCAAGGGAAUUCAAGGGUCCUUCAGUGGUCAGCAGUUGGUUUUGGGUCCCACUGAACCUUUGAAACCUUUCCAGGUGUAGAAAGAACCAGAACUUUUGAGGGAAAGGAUUUUGUUUAUGCUCUAAAAUUGAGUUUCCAGAGGGUUCUUGAGUUAUUCCAGGUGGAUUUAAAAAAAUGUUAGGGUCAUUUAGGAAGUUUUGGCGUACUUAAAGCAGUUUUUAAAGUCCUGUGAACUUUUCAGGAGUCCCUGAAUGAUUUCAGUGUUAAAUUCAAAGAGUCAGUGUGGGUUUGAAGAGUUUUUGAUGUCAUUAAAGAAGUUCCUCGACUCAUAGAGUAAUCCAGGAUUCCUAAAAUGGGUUCCAGGGUUCUUUAAGGCCUUUAUUCAACAGGGCAUGUAUGAGGGUCUUAGAAGGAUGAAAGGGGUCCUUAAAAAACUGGAGUAUAGUGUAUUGUAACAGUCCAGGUAGAUUCAUGAAAGAUACAGAUGAUCCAAGAGGGCCUGAAGACGAGGCUCAUUGGGUUGUCCAGGAUACCGUGCGUUCAUGGGCUGCUCUGAUUGGCUGACUGCUCACCUCAUCGUAAGAGGUGCUUCCAGACAGCGAGUGUUAAGGCCCGAGCAGUACAGACAACCACACCAAAGACCUCGAUAGAUCACUAAAGGCCACCACAAACCAAAACCACAGAUGACCACAGACCCCAACGGACCAUUGCAAGUCACUACAGACCACCAAGGGAAAAAAUAGACAACAACACACCCCCACUGACCUCUUAUCCCCUAUUUGAAUCAUCAUAGCCUUAGAAUUCAGCUUUGACAAAUCGCUGUCUGAAAGUACCUGCAAAUUUCUGUCUUGUUGCCAUGGUAACCUGCUUCCUGAAUUGGGCAGGGCUCCUAGGGACAGGUGCAAGUGUGAACUUGAGCAGCAGUCAAACAACAUCCAUGUACGUCCAGGUCUUGAUUUUAUUCUUUGGUCCUGGCCCCGCCCCUUUUCCCCCUCUCUGGCCCUGCCCCUUUCCCGAUCUCUGGUCCCGCCCUCUCAGGAUCCCUUGUGGAAGGUGCGGCGCAGUCAGAAGCUGGACAUGUCGGCCCGUCUGGAGCUGCAGUCGGCUCUGGACGCAGAGAUCAGAGCCAAACAGCUGCUGCACGAGGAGCUGAGGAAGAUGAAGGCUGCUAACAUCAGCCUAGAGAGGUCAGAGGUCACAAACACAAACUUACAUGACACCUGUUGGCUUACCUGUCUGCCUGCUCACCUGUCCGUCUGUGUGUGCAGUAAGCUGAAGGAGUCAGAGGAAAGGAACAGGGAGGUGGCGGAGCAGAUGGAGGGACUAAAGAAGGAGAUGGAGGAGAACCGCUCCCGCUCUGACAGAGGUAAGGUAUUACCUGGACCCCCUAAGCCCCAACCUGACAUCACACCUUGACACACCUGAGCUCACUUACAGAGUUUUCUUCUUUAAAGUUUACUGUUUUUUGUGAGCUGACAAAUCAGCUGUCCUCCACCAUAAGGGGUGAAAUCAGAGCACAGUCACAUGACCCUCAGCUGAUCCUCCUCUGUUUGUCUGCAGGUCUGAAGCUCCCGGACUUUCAGGACUCCAUCUUUGAAUACUUCAACACGUCUCCUUUGGCUCCUGACCUCACCUUCAGAGUGAGUUACCUGUCUCCUAGCUCUCUCUCUCUCUCUCUCUCCCUCGCUCACUCUCUUUCUCUCUGUGGUCAGACAUUUUUAAAAGCUCACAAACAACAAACAUUGACAGUGUGUAACAGUGUGUUCUAAAAUAACCAAUCAGCCGGUCACAUUAUGAUGAUGUCACUCAGGUGUAUGUAUAUAUGUUUGUUUUUCUCUUUAACCAUGGAGGCUUCAGUUUGCUCCGCCUCCUCGCUGUUCGCUCUGUGGGAAGACGUAAGUUCAUCUGCCGGGGUUAUCCACAAUUCCCUGCAUACCACCAUCCAUACCCACAAUCCUCUGGGGCAGCUAGCCAGCAGAUCUAGCCUCAGUCGUAGCAGUAGCCAUUUAGCAUCCACGUGAUGUAGAGCGCAGUGACCUUUGACCCUAGGCCUCUGUUCAGAAGGUACCCAAAAUUGGCAAGCACUCCAUCAUAAGAGGCCCCACCCACACCAGAAGCCCCGCCCUUUACUGCACAUAUCUUACUGGGAGAAGCUGCACCCACUAGGUGGAGCCCCACUCACUCACAGGCUCCGCCCCCUUUCUACCUGUAUAGCUCUUUGUAGACCUUAUGGAAAUCCUUCUCUCAGAUUCUACUUAAACCUCUGCACAUUUAUACUGUAGCAUUAUGGCACUUCAGGAGCUCCGAGCAGCAGAGUUAGUACACUCAGCAGCUGAUUAUGUUCCUGUUCAGACUUUAAAAUGAGCCUGAUAGAUUAAUAAAUGUGAUUCAGAUAAUUUAAUCCAGACUCAGGUAGACCUCAGGUGAGUAUGAGACAUCAGAUCAGUAACUGUUUCAUUGACUACUCUACAUAUAUAUGGUUAUUUUCUGUACAUGUUUACCUUUUAGUUGAUAUUUGUAUGUUGAUGAAUGAAUAAACGACGGACUGUACGUAAAAGAAGUCAUAUUUAUGUAGAGUACUGACAUAUGUGGUGUGGUGGUUCUUGUUUAUCCGUACUCUCUGGAUAGAGAUGUUUUUGUGACCUUCCCUCGUCUGAUUCGCUGUCAUCAUGUGAAUGCUCCACAGUCACAGUAAUGUGUUCUCCUGACAUCACCUGAACGCAGCAUGGACCAGGAGUCCCUCCAGCCUGAUGAUCACAUGAAUUUGAUGUGAAUCAGUGUCCUGGUGUUGAAGGGGGAGGGGAUGAUAGUUUUACUGGGUCACGUUUAAACUCUUUGAUGGAGGAUUGAUCCGAGUCUGGUCUUUAUAACAGUGUGGAUGUGUUGGAGACUCAAAGUGUGUCAGCUGUUAUCAGACGUGUUAAGUUCUUUCACCUGUUUUUUCACCUGCAGACCGCUGACAUUGACUCCACCCCCCAAAAGUCAGAGACGACGCCCCCCUCGCCUUCCAUCACCCCUGAGCACGAGGUCAGUCACAACAUGUGGACUCACUGUCUUCAUACUGAGAUCAUACAUACGUUCUUGAACCUAACAUGAGCAUUUUGGCAUCAACAGGACGUGAAAGCAGCAUCAGUCCCAGCAAGUCCCUCCCCUCCAUACCAGAGCUCAGCCCUGACCACACCAAAGGUACACCUCUCUAGACUUCACCUGAUCUUUUUUGAUAAAGUUUGAUCAUAAAAACUAAACCUGAGGGGGUUUGUUUUCAGCCCAAAGCUCACCAGCUGAGCAUCAAGACCUUCUCCAGCCCCACCCAGUGCACCCACUGCACCUCCCUGAUGGUGGGCCUCAUCAGACAAGGAUAUGCUUGUGAAGGUAAAAUAUGUCACUAUAUUCUUAUCUGCAGCUUAAUGCUAGUUAAAACAACUCAGAAAAGUCUGGUACGCCACCUGAUCAUCGAUAAGACCUGGCUCUGUUAUCUCAGGUAGGACUAACCCCAAUUUCCACCGCAUCCGGAACAACUACGAAAAGGCCAUAUCCGCCAAUCGUUACUGAUCGUAACCAUUUGCGUUAAUGUGUCAAUUUCCACCGGCUUCUUUCCAUUCGCUGCGGAUCACCAGACUCUGCAGCUGAUCGCAAGAUUUCUAUUUUUUUGGGCGCCGAAGCAUGCCAGAUAAACUCAGCACAGAUUACCCUGUGCUGGAAAGGAAGUCGGGCACAGAUACGAAAUAAAACAUCCAGCUUCUUUUUAUAAUAAAACACUGUUUCAGGCGGAUCCUAUUUUACACCAUGCAAACGGGCGGGGACGAACAAGUGAAAGGUUUAUAGACAGCAUUUCAUCCCGAUGACACCAUGGAUGAGUAGAUGCUGAUUCGAAAAGUCUAGAAGUGGAUUUCCUCCUCUGGAAGGACAGAAUCUACUGCUUAUAUGGUUAUGUGGCUAUAGAGACAACUCGUUAUUGCGCGAUUGCAUGUGAAUCUGUGGGCUCUUGCGAGUUCUUGCGAGUUCUUGGGAUUCCCACUGUCUGUAAUCUGCCAUGAAAUUCACCUCACAAACGGAUCCAGUAGGAAUAGGCAGACAGCGAAAAUUGCUGCCGUUCCUGAUCAGAGCCAUUCCGGAUGUGGUGGAAAUUUGGGGUUAGCCAGUGAAGGACUCUGAUAGGUAAAGGUCAGAGGCCAGGUAGGACUCACUCAGGUGUAUGUUAGAGGUUUACCUGACUCUGUCUGUCUCCCCUCAGUGUGUUCCUUCAUCUGCCAUGUUACCUGCAAAGACCACGCCCCUCUGGUCUGUCCAAUCCCAGCAGAGCAAGCCAAGAGGCCGCAGGGCAUCGAUGUCCAGAGAGGGAUCGGCACCGCCUACAAAGGCUACGUCAGGGUGAGUAAACUACACGCACAGCCACAGAAAGUACUGUGCUGAUCCAGUGCUGAUACAGCAUUUGUACGGCCUUCCUUGAGCCCUUAUAUAUCUUCCCCCACCAGAUCCCAAAGCCAAGUGGCGUGAAGAAGGGCUGGCAGCGAGCGUUCGCCGUGGUCUCUGACUGUAAGCUGUUCCUCUACGAUGUACCCGAGGGAAAAUCCACCCAACCAGGCGUUGUGGCGAGUCUAGUCCUGGAUCUCAGGUAAUUGUCCACCUGUUUGUCACAUUGAGCAUUGUUGGACUUCUUUAAAUCUCAUAGUCUUUAACAGCCCUGAUAGUCCAGGGGAGUGGUGAAGUGAUGUGAUGGAUCAGAAGCUAGAUUUGUGGGAGGGGCUGUGGUGAGAGCAGGGUCUGGAAUCCAUCAGGAGGUCAUAGAUGCACUAAAAGGUCAGCCACUCUCAAGGACUGUGAGAGGUUUGAGUCUAGAUUAUGAUGAGUAGUGGUUGUUUUCAGAGAUUUAGGUUGUCCUGAAGAGUUCCAGUGGUCUUGAAAGGUUUAUCAGUCCUUUUGCAGUCUUGUGGUCUUUAGAGGUUUAGAAAGAGUUCUGGUAGCCUUUAGAAGUCUGGAUGGUCCUAAAGUGUUCAAGUAGACUUAGAAGCUUCAGUAAGUCCAUAAGAGUUCUUCUGGUUUUGGGCCAUCUGAGUAGUCCUUGAAGUGUUUAUAGGGUUCUGGUAGCCCUAAGGGUUAAGGUCAUAGGGCUGUUAAGGUUUGUGCAGUCUUGAGAGGGCUUGUACUUUUGGGUUCUUGCUAUGAGUUUUAUGGCCCUUAGAUGAGGAUUAGGGUCAUGGUUGUCAAGUUUGGGUUGUUUUGGGGUUUAGAGUAGACCUAUUAAGUUCUAGUGGUCAAAUCCCACAAGUGGUCUUCAGGGAUUUGGGUAGUCCUGAUGAAUUUCGAUGGUCUUACAAAGUUUAGGUUGUUCUAAAGUGUUUCAGAUUUCUUAGGAGGUUUGUUAGUCCUGUUGAGUCUUAGUGGUCUUGGAACAUCUGGGUAGUCCUUAAAGGGGAGGUUUUGAGGGUCUUGAGAAGGUCAGGUGUCUGUUUGAAAAUGUGUUUUUUUCUUCUUUUUAUCAUUUAUUGUCACGUCAUACAAAAAUCUUUUUUUGUGUGUGUUCCAGAGACGAGGAGUUCUCUGUCAGCUCUGUCUUGGCCUCUGAUGUCAUCCACGCCACCAGGAAGGACAUUCCCUGCAUCUUUAGGGUAGGAGACCCCAGCCCCUUCACCCCAUCACUCCCUAACCUUUGACCCUCUUGUUUGCUAACCGGUAUUGAUCUGUGUGUCCAGGUGACGUCUGCUCAGCUGGUCUCGCAGCUCUCCUCAGUGUCUCUACUGGUGCUGGCGGAGAGUGAGGUGGAGAAGAGGAAGUGGGUCAGGAUCCUGGAGGGUCUGCAGACCAUCCUGGCUAAAAACCUGCUCCGGAACCGACAGGUCCACGUCCUGCAUGAGGCUUAUGACGCCUCGCUGCCUCUCAUUAAGACCACGCUGUCCGCUGCUGUGCUCGGUUAGUCCCUCCUGCUUGAUAACUACAGAGAGCUCAGAAAUACUUCAACUUACAGACUGAUGCUACACACCUUUAGAUUUCUGCAUUUUAACACUUGGAUCGCUGGCAAUCCCACGUGACACCAGUAAUGUUGUUUACAGUUUCUCAGGAACUAUAAUGUGUAUCUCUAUGGGAUAAAAAGUGUUCAAAAGUUUACCCUUUUGGUGAUCUAUCAAGGGUUUCCAGGCAUUUCUACACCUCCCACAAGGUUUACAAUCCUGCCACAAAAAUAGGUCUUUGAUCAAAGACGUUUGAUGUCAAAUCCACGGUUAUGUACCGGUGAAAACGUGAUUAUUUAUCAGAUUGUUGUGAUGAAAAAAGACCGCUAAUUUCUUCCGUGUUUGACAAGCUGUUUUGAUGAGGAGUGACAUAAACAACUGUAAAUAGUAAAAAACGCCUGGAAGAAUUAGUGUAAAUAUGUAAAUAGUUUCUGUUGUGUGUUUGUUCCGAUCCCAAUAUUUCUUCUACUGGUAGCCAAGACUUAACAGAAUGAUGUGCAGGUGAAGAAAGGCUUGGUCACUGUAGAUUUAUGUGCUUUUUGUGCCAAGUACUGUUGGUACCAAUUUCCGUUUUUGUUUUUUGGUUGACUUUGAUGGUUCUGAAUCUACUGUCACAUUCAUUUUACAGAAUUUGUGCACCCAUAAACUGACAGCUGAGGUUGUCCUGAAAAAAAAAGAAAGGAUAGAGUUGCUUCAGAGAUUUAAAAAAAACAAAACAAAACAGGCGGACCAAAAAUAGCAAUAUUUAGCUGGGAGUUCUAAGGGUUAAGUCUGUAUCAUGUCUCUGCAGACCGAGAGAGGAUCGUUCUGGGAACUGAGGAUGGACUGUUUGUGGUGGAGGUUACCAGAGAUGGUAAGACACACACAGUAGUACACAAUUACACACACACAUACAGACAUACACAGUUAAUGAUUGUUGUCCUGUCUCUCUUUCUACCUCAGUGAUCGUGCGAGCAGCAGACAGUAAGAAGGUUUAUCAGAUCGAUUUGAUCCCAAAGGAGAAGAUCAUCGCUCUGCUAUGUGGCCGAAACCGUCAUGUUCAUCUCCACCCCUGGGGGGCGCUGGAGGGGGCUGAGUCCUCUUUUGACAUCAAACUGGCAGAGACCAAAGGCUGCCAGGCUUUGACCACAGGGGUGCUCCGGCCUGGAGGUCCUGCAUGCCUGCUGGCUGCUGUCAAACGACAGGUCAGGCACCUGAGGGCGUACCUCAAACUCCUCCCCCUCACUGAUGUCGUGGUUUCGUUCGAGUUCUAAGAGGUUCUGCUUCUCCUUUCUACAGGUUCAGUGCUAUGAGAUCACUCGGGCCAAGCCCCACCAUAAGAAGCUGUGGGAGGUGCAGGCUCCAGGGGUGGUGCAGUGGUUGGGGAUGGUGAGGGAGCGGCUCUGUGUCGGGUAUCCCUCAGGCUUCGCUCUACUCGCCCUGCAAGGGGAGUCGUCCCCCAUCAGCCUGGUGAGUCCUGGAGACCCUUCCCUGGCCUUCCUGUCCCAGCAGCCCCUGGAUGCUCUACACGCCCUGGAGGUGGGAUCCACCGAGCUCCUGCUCUGCUUCAGCCAGCUCGGUAUCUACGUUGAUGGGCAGGGUCGCCGGUCAAGGACCCUGGAGCUGAUGUGGCCCGCCACACCGCUCGCAUGCAGUACGUACAGCAGUAGUUUGAGUAGUUUAGUAAUGCUGUAUCUAGUACUUGAAGAACUCUUCAUUAGCUCAUGGAGUACAACUAGAAGAGGACACGUAGUGAUUUAAUGUAGUUUGACAUUACGGUAGGAAGGGUCUGUUUCAGUCCUUGUAGUAGGUGUAGCAGAAUUCUCUCUUAUGUUUCCUCUGAGUCAAAAGCAUAAAAAGUCUACGGUCCCUCUUAAAGUCACAAAGGUGUGAAUGAAGUCUGACAGGCAGCAAAAACAUUCUCACUCCUCUCUCUCCAGGUUCAAACUCGUCCCACCUCACUGUCUACAGCGAUUACGGAGUGGACGUCUUUGACAUACACACAGCUGAGUGGGUUCAGACCAUCUCCCUCCGCAAGGUAACCAAUCACAGCUCUGAACCAGGAAAUCACAGCUCAUCAAACAGCCAAUCACAGUUCAGGAUGUGCUGAUGGUGUGUGUCUAUGUCCACAGAUCAGACCUCUAAACAUUGAGGGGACAUUAAACCUGCUGAGCUCUGAACCUCCACGACUGAUUUACUUCAGCAACAGCUCCUCAGGUAACAACCAACACCUUGACCAGACUAACCUGGACUUGAUCCCAGACUUAUUGAACCAUGACUUGACAAGACCUGACUCACGCAGCCCUAGUUACCUACACUUACACUUGACUGAACCUGGCCUACCCUCCUGGACCUAGACUCGCUAGUGCCCAAACUCAGCUAUACUGAACUUAUCUGGACCUGCUCUCACCAGGACCCAAAGUGAUCUGACAUGGACUCAUCUGCCCAAUCAGACUACUAACUCUCCCAAACCUACCUACCUGUCUGUGUCUCCACCUGUCCUUGUCUUCACCUGUGUUCAUUGUCCGUCCACAGAGGGGGUUCUCACCAUCCCAGACACCUCAGAUCACAGCAGGAAGUUGAUGGUCAGAACACGCAGCAAGAGGAAGUUCUUGUUCAAGGUUCCGGAGGAAGAGCGAAUCCAGCAGAGGAGGUGACCCUUCAAAAUAAAACGCAGUUCCAGUGUUAUUUUUUUAAAUAAGAAAUUGUUCUUGAAGUAUUUAGUAAUGUCUGUUUGGGGACUUGGAAGGAUCCUGCCAUGUUGAUGAUACGGAACUUUAUCAUCAUUAGCAUGUUAUUACUAGAGAAUUAACAUGUUUAUGUAUUUAUGAAGGGAUGUGGUUAACACUUUGAAAUAACCAUAUCUUAUAAAUGGUAAAUAGACCAUUUAUAAAUGGUAAGCAGAUGGUUUAUUAAUGUUUAAUCAUCAUUUAUUAAGCACAUAGAUGAUUAAUAAAUUGUAAAUUUUAAAAACCUAAACCUAACCCUAACUUUACAAUAACCAUCUAAGUAAUGUUUAUAGAUGGUUUAAAACCAAAUAUUUCCAAAGUGCUACUGACACACAUUUUAAUCUAGAUGUUUUAUAACAAAUAUUGAAACCCUAUAAAAGCCUUUAAUGAAUAGUCCAUUAAUAAUUAAUGAAAACUAUUAAUCAUAAUUUCAUUGCUUGCUUCUGGUAAAGUAACUACAUUACUUACAUUAAUAAACCAUCUAUUUGCCAUUUAUAAUUGGUCUAUAUGCUGUUAUUAAAUUAUGAUUAAACCUUAAUAAACUAUCUAUUUACCAUUUAUAAAUCAUGGUUAUUGUAAAGUGUUACUGUUAAAAGUGUAACUAACAUGCGAUCCAUGUGUAAUGAUUUUGUUUCCACUUCCAGAGAGAUGCUGAGGGACCCUGAGCUUCGUUCCAAGAUGAUCUCAAACCCCACAAACUUUAACCACGUGGCCCACAUGGGACCAGGAGACGGCAUGCAGGUCCUCAUGGACCUCCCUCUGGUAACCUCUCCUUCUCACUGCCCUUCCAGCCGGCAUGUUCUCCCUCACCUCCUCCCCCAUCCUCACCCCCUACAGCUCGGUUCAUCUCACUGACUCCUCCUCUCUUCUCUCCUCUUCCUCCCCUGUCUCACCCCUCCUCCUCCUCCUCCUCCCCGAUUGUCCAGGUUGGUGAUAUGACCCCCUUCACUCCCUCCCCGUCUCCCUCCCCUUCCUCUUCCUCCUCCCGUCACACCCUCAUCUCUCCCCCUUUAAACUUUGAGCACGUCUAUCACAUGACCUCGGCAUCGGCCGGCGCCUUCUUGCAGAAAGACGCCUCCUCUUCCUCCUCCCAGCAGAGCCUCCUGCAGCCCUCCUCCUCCUCCUCCUCUCCCUCCACCUCCUCUCUUGGAAGGGUAGGCCAGCUUCUCUAUCUACCCCGCCUGCUGCCCCAACACCCCAUCCCCCAGUUUCCCCCCUGUCUGUCUGCUGUGAUCCCCUUGAUCCUCAAGUUAUAUAUCACACCUGUAAACUCCUGACUCACCUGUGGAUACCUGAGACACCUGUAAAUUGCAAUAAUAAUAAUAAUAAUCAUAGUAAACUUUAUUUCAAUCAGCCUUUUCAAAGAAGAGUUACAUGGUACUUUACAGACUUACCUGUAAACUCCUGAUACAGCCUUGCUCAACCAGUUGACUCCUGAAUCACCUGUCAACCCCUUAAAUACUCAUUCUCAAAUUUUUGUUAACAAUAAUUUGACCGACUGAUUCUGGUGAAGUCUCAUUGAUGAGGUACCUGCGCUUUAAUCCCCCCACUAUUAGAUCUGAACUGACCUACAGGGGAAAAAUAAAAACCACAGCUCCAUCCAGCCUUCACCUCCUGUCCUUUCCCUUUGCUCUCUUUCCAAUCAGGUGAACCUCACCUGUUUCCUGCACCUUUUCCUUGUGGUCUUAAGUCCCACCUUCUGUGUUUCUCAGCCUGAGUACAACUCCCAUAACGCCUUGCUUUAGGGGCACUGUAAAGCUUCUUGGGAAACAUGGUGCAAAUAUGGUGGUGGUCCUUUAUUCUGUGCUGAGCUUUUACACUUAUACUAACAGCAGGGGGCGCCAGUGUAGCUCAGCUGGUGGUUGUAAGAUUGAUUCCUAGUCCUGAUAUGAUUUGGUGCAGCUUUCUCCAAAUUCUUUGUCCUGUCAAAAUAAAGGCCCCAAAAGAAAAAAAAAAUAGAAACACAGAGAGUAGGACUCGAACACCACCACAGGGGGGCGCUGAACACAAUUAACUAUUCAACAUGUGGGUUAAUUAUCCAUUCUGUGUGUGCAUGUGUGUGUGUGUGUGUGUGUGUAUGUACAGAGUGUGAUGCCCUCUUCUCAGGAGGACUCCAUUAAAGACAAGCCCCGCCCACUGUCCAGUAUUUCCCGGCAACGGGGAAGCAAGUCACACAUUACACGUACAGCUUCAGGUAAAAACACUUGUAUUGUGUGUUUGUGUGUCUUUGUCUGUGUGCACUAUUAUCAUUCUCUUUAGCACUUAAAUGUUGUUUGCUGUGAUGUCAGAUGUAACCUGUGUUCCUGUUGGUUUAGACUUUGGGGGAGGAGCUUCAUCUCGCAACAUCUCUGACCCAGACCAGGACUUAGACCGAGAGGUAAGACAACAUCUACAAUGUAAAGAUUUAAAGAAAAGCACAAACCUUUUUUUUAGUUUAGCAAAGAUUCAGUCGACAUUUGAUGCUAACUCUCUCUCUCUCUCUCUCUCUCUCUCUCGCUCGCCUAGCCGGACUCCGACUCCACCAAACACUCGACCCCCUCCAAUAGUUCCAACCCCAGCAGUCCCCCCAGCCCAAACUCACCCCACCGCAGCCAGCUCACCCUGGACGGUCUAGAUAUGGAGCCCUGAGGCCCCUCCCCCAGCUUUGAAGCCCCGCCCCCACACAGCUGGGUGAAGAGAAAGGGCUGUAUUAACCAAUCAGGCUGCUGGCUGAGAGUUUAGAUUUUACUUGAUAAUUUUAUUGUUGCGGGGUGAGUCUUUGCUUCCUGCUGCUUUUAUAUUUGUUGGAUUUUACCCGCUGGGAAGCCACACCCCUGUUUUAAACCCCGCCCCUGCUGAUGGCUGCUGUGUGUUUGACUUUUAGUCAGAUUGGCUCUGAGGGACCAAUCACCUUCUUCCUUUUAAAUAACUUCCUUUUAAGCUUUAGCAGGCAGUUAGCUGCUAGGCUAACUGUGGCUAACUUCCUGUCUGAGUAGAGGAUUUCACUCUGAUGGAAAACCGCUCACAGACAGGAGGUCUCACUCUGAUGGAGAAACACUGUAUGAAUAAUUUUAAAGUUUUGUUAAAGUUGCACAUUAUCAUCAUCAUCAUCAUCUUCUUCAUCAUCAUCGUUGUUGUUGUUGUAGGAAAAGAAUAAUCUUUGAUUUGUGUCAGUGAUGAUAUUUCCUGUUGCGUCCCCUGACCCGAACAGGUGAGGGGGAGGGGGCACACCUGAACACUACUGCUUUGUUUAUUCCAGAAUCACCUGUUUAAGAAACUUUGUAAUUAUGAAAUAUGUUAGCAGCAAAACAGAAACCAAUAAAAGACUCUGAAGAGAACCUGAGAGUG